UCCCUUGCCUCCCCGGGGAGGGAGAGCCAGGCAAAGGACGCGGCGGCGGCAUGCUGGAGAGGCUGGCCAGAAAGAUAACCGGCUAGGAAGGCUGGAGCAGCAGCGGCGGCGGCGGCCGGGCGAGAGGUUGGAGGCUUGCGGGGGUUGGCCCUCGGCCGGCGCCAGGCUCCCCUCUGCGGGGCUCCCGUGUUGAGCCGCGCUGGCUGAGAGGCAGCGGGCGAUGGAGGAGGAAGAGGAGCAAGCCUCGGCUGCCGAGACCCAGGAGGGGGCCAGCGCCAGCACCGGCGGCGUCCCCGAAAGUUUCGCCAGGCUCUGGACGGAUGUCAUGGGGAUCUUGGAUGGGUCACUGGGCAAUAUUGAUGAUCUGGCUCAACAGUAUGCAGAUUACUAUAAUACCUGUUUUACUGAUGUAUGUGAAAGGAUGGAAGAACUGCGUAAACGAAGGGUAUCUCAAGACCUUGAUAUGGAGAAAUCUGAUGCCAGCUCCACAUCCCUACAGCUGCAAUCCCAGAUUGAAGAAUCCCUUGGCUUUAGCAGUGUAGCAUCCACACCAGAAAUAGAAAGAAAGUUCUCUCUCCAUAAAUCAAGUUCUGAAGAAAGUGCAGUUGGUAAAGUAGAUUGGAAAAAGAAGAAUAAAUACUUCUGGCAAAACUUUCGAAAGAAUCAGAAGGGACUAAUGAGACAGUCUUCAAAAGGGGAAGAUGUUGGUUAUGUGGCAAGUGAAAUCACAAUGAGUGACGAGGAGCGGAUCCAGUUAAUGAUGAUGGUCAAGGAGAAGAUGAUUACUAUUGAGGAAGCUCUUGCAAGGCUGAAGGAAUAUGAAACUCAACAUCGGCAAUCAGGAAACUUGGAUGCAUCUGAAUGGUCUGAAAGUCCUUAUCCGACAUUUGAUGUUUCUUCCAAUUGCAAUUCAAGAGAGCAAUCCGAUGAUGAAUCAGAGGAAUCAGUGAAGUUUAAGAGACUGCAUAAGUUGGUCAACUCAACUCGCCGAGUGAGAAAGAAAUUAAUUCGAGUGGAAGAAAUUAAAAAGCCCAGCACUGAAGGUGUGGAUGAUCACUCCUUUGAUACUCCCACAGGACCAGAUGGUCGACCUGCACUUUACUCUGGAAUUCACAAGAAACCAUUCAUUUUGGAUAAUUCCUGUGAAAAACAGCCAGAUAAUGAAAGUGAUUCACUGACCUUAUCUCCAUCAUCCAGCUACCUGGACACUUGGGGUACAAACAGGAAAUUGCUGAAGACCUUCAGUAAAUCUGAUAGUCGUGGCCUUAUAAAACCGCCCAAAAAGCUUGGGACAUUCUUUUCUUAUCCAGAAGAGGAUAAAAUACCCAAAGUUUGUCGUUCUUUAACGGAUGGAGAAAUGAAGAACCUUGGCUCUCUCAGUCAUGGGAGAACCUGCAGCUUUGGUGGCUUUGAUUUGGCAAAUCGCUCACUGCACAUUGGAAACAGUUCAGAUCAAAUUGGAAAGGAUGGUGAUUUUGUCUACAAAGAGGUGAUCAAAUCCCCUUCGACUUCCCGCAUAUCCCUUGGUAAGAAGGUGAAAUCUGUAAAAGAAACCAUGAAGAAAAGAAUGUCUAAAAAAUACAGCAGCAGCAACUUGUCAGAGCAGGAACCCAAUCUGGAUGUAAGGCCAGAGUCUCUUCAGGCACCACAGCCAGAUACCGAUACUUUGGAUAAACCAAAGUUAAAAGCUGGUGGUUCAGUAGAAAGUUUGCGGAGUUCCCUCAGUGGCCAAAGUUCAAUGAGUGGGCAGACGGUAAGCACAACUGACUCUUCGACUAGCAAUAGAGAAAGUGUCAAGUCUGAAGAUGGUGAUGAGGAAGAACUUGCAUACCGAGGGCCUUUCUGCGGUCGUGCCCGGGUUCACACUGACUUUACCCCCAGUCCUUAUGAUACAGAUUCUCUUAAACUCAAGAAGGGUGAUAUUAUUGAUAUAAUUAGCAAGCCUCCCAUGGGUACUUGGAUGGGACUUCUGAACAAUAAAGUUGGUACUUUCAAAUUCAUCUAUGUGGAUGUGUUAAAUGAAGAAGAAGAAAAACCUAAAAGGCCCACAAGAAGGCGCCGAAAAGGAAGAUUACAGCAGCCCAAAUCUGUUGAGGAUCUCCUUGAUCGUAUCAAUUUAAAGGAGCACAUGCCAACCUUUCUGUUCAAUGGCUAUGAAGACUUAGACACCUUCAAGCUCCUGGAGGAGGAAGAUUUGGAUGAACUCAACAUUCGAGAUCCAGAGCACCGAGCUGUUCUCUUGACAGCAGUGGAGCUUCUGCAGGAAUAUGACAGUAACAGUGACCAGUCGGGCUCUCAGGAGAAGCUCCUUGUAGAUGGCCAAGACCUUAGUGGAUGUUCUCCCCGGGAUUCAGGCUGCUACGAAAGCAGUGAAAACCUGGAAAACGCUAAAAUACGACAGCCUUGUCUCCUGCCCUCAAAAUUAGCCAGUGGAUAUCAUUUUAAGGAUUUCCACCGAAACCCACUGGCGAAUUUUCCAAAUCUACCCUUAAUUAAAUCAACGGAAGCUUAUCAGCAAGAAAAGAAAAUCCAGGUCAGCUGUGUGCAUCCAGUCUCCAAAAACCGUCUCAAGCUGCCAGCAGCUAUGGAUCUCAAGAAGAAAGGCAGAAGUUUGCCAGUUGGUGUGUGCCGAAGCUGGGAAGUUUUAGAAAGAGCCCCAAAUAUACUGAUGUGGCCAAGAUCCCAUUCUCUCGGAGACCUUCAUGGAAAUGUUGGCACUGGUAGUAUAAAAUCAGCGGAGACAUCACCUGUGGAUUCAUCAAAAAAAUCAGCUGAGUCUGAAGGUGGUGGGCAGAUGAUAAAACUGUUGAUGGCUAAGCAAAGCAAAGAAGUUGUUGAUCCCCUUAAGGGGAAGAGAAAGGAAUUCCACUUGUCAGCAACCAUGCCUUCGACAAGAAUGUUCCCUCAGCAUUUGCCCGAGAACUGUGAUGCUCGGACAUCUUCCCUGUCAUAUGGUAUGACCUGGACUCCUUUUGAAAGUUGUAAAAAAAGCACCCAUGAUCUUGGAAGAGCUAAUACUUCUAUCUCCAAAGAAAAUGUGGAAACUGAUCAGAAGGACAUGAGUGAAGCAAAAAUGCAACCCAAAGCGUCUUCACAGCCACCGCCAGUCCCUGCAAAAAAAAACAGAGAACGCAUUUCUAACGGACACUGUCAUCUCCCCUCAACUCUUUCUUGUUCAGAUGUACCUUCUUUGCCAGCAAAAAAAGUUACACUACAGGGUUCCUCCAGUUCCCAUGAACUGACUGCAUGCAGAACAUUUCCUGAUCAGGAACCCAAAAGUCCUUCCAGCAUAAGGCCCCCUUGGUUGUCUGACCUUCCAGAAACGGCUAGUGUCCAGCAACAUGUGUUAAAACUAGACCCUUCUUCAGUAAGGAAGAUAUCCUGUAAUAGAGGACUGGAUCUUGAAAUGUUGAUAGAAAAUAAGCUGCAGUCUGAAGAUAUUGAUCUUACAGAGGAGCCCUAUUCUGAUAAGCAUGGCCGGUGUGGGAUUCCUGAACCUUUGGUGCAAAGAUAUGCUGAAGACUUAGAUCAGCCUGAAAAGGAUGUUGCUACAAACCUGGACCAAGUACGAGUGAAGCAGCUGAGAAAGCAGCACCGCAUGGCGAUUCCAAGUGGUGGCCUCACUGAAAUUUGCCGAAAACCUGUAUCGCCUGGAAAUAUCUCUUCUAUAACUGAUUGGCUAGUUUCUGUUGGCCUUCCAAUGUACUCAGUCUCUCUCAGAGCUGCAGGAAUCAAUGACUUAAGUAAAGUGCCUUCUCUGUCACAAACGUCACUUCAUGAGGCUGGCAUCACUGAAGAGAGGCAUAUAAGCAAGCUUUUAGCAGCAGCGAGACUUCUGAACCCAGAAACAAUUUAACUCAUUCUGGAAUAUAGUAUUUUUUUUUCUGUUGGAAAACCUAUCAUUUCUUUAAAAGCAAUUUCAUCAUUAAUUGCUCUCGAAAAAGCUUUGGGAACAGGCAAACCUGGUCCUGGAGAAGACUGGAGUUCUUUGCGGUUUCAUCCCUCUUCAUAUAAAACUGUAGUAUCAGCUGUCCACAACAGGGAAGUGGUAUGACCCUAGUUUUUCCUCAAAGAAAAGGCACAAGCAAUAGUUUUCGUUUGCUAAGGACUCUUAGCCUUGCUUUUGGCAUUACAAAAAAGGGGAUCAUUCUACAUUCUUGAAAAUUCAACAACAAACAUCUUCAGUUUUUGGGGAAAGGGGUUAGCAAAUUGUAGAUCUCUAGAUACUUUGGUUCUAUUAAAAGGCUAAAGCAUAGCUAACUGAUCAUUAAAUAUUUUUAAUUCAAAUUUAUAUAUCCUAUACUGAGGGAAUAUGUAAUCCCAACAAACAUAUUAAAGAUUAGAUCUGUUUCUAACAGAGGUUCCUUUCACAUCCUUUCCAUUUCAGCAAUUUAUAUAAAAAUAUAUUAAUAAAGCACUGCCUUCCCAAUAUAGUUUCCUAGAAGGUGGAACUGGAGGUCAGAGUGGAGGAACACAGCUUUCGAAUUUCCCCAUAAACAGAAGAUGAGUCAUGGACCAACAGAUGAGGGCCAC